AGAAGAACAACAGGCUAUGGUUUGUACACGGAAGCAAAAUUUGUCAAAAGCUCCAACCUGUCAAUCUGUCUACGCGGAUAGUGUCGACAGCUGAAAAGAGAGACAGAAUAAACACUGUUUGUUUUCGGUUUUUAAUCCUUUUCCAGACACGAUGAGGACUGCUUUCCUGCUGCUCGGAACAUGUCUGUGUUUGUGCUUGGACAGAGGCACUCCAGAGAGUGCUUUGGGACACGUUACCAAGUCCAAGGACCCACUCGUAACAGAAAAACCAGAAAGUCCACCAGCAGGACCCAGUACUACAGUAGGGGAAAACACAAACCUAGCUGAUUCUGCUGAAACCAAGAAUAAAGCUCUUAGUGGCUCAGACACAAAGAAAUCACAAGAAGGAGAAACUGAUAAAAAAAACACAUUAAAGCCAGCAGGGGGAAAAGUAUCAGAACCGGCUAAAACGCAUAAUGAAUCCAAGAAGGUUGGCAAGGUAGGACAAGACGACAAUGCGAAGAAACCAGUAGACAUUGAGCAAACCACAAAUACACCAAGUGAGGAAAGCAACAAGGAUCAGACCAGCAGGGAAGAGACGGAUGGGAAAGAGAAGAAAAAGGAGAAAUCCACUGCUAAGCCUGCAUCCACAAAGGAAUUCCUUGAACGUGAUAUGUUUCCAUCAGUACGUGGGCAAACACCUGCAUCUGAAGUUAAUGAAGAUGCAAAUCCUGAUCCACCGUACCCCAAGGUGGAUUCAGAAGGAGAUAACACCAAGAACAAUAAGCUAGAAGGAGACGAAGGCGACAAGGAUGAUUCACAGUUAGACGGUGCAAAUAAAACCCCAUAUGAUCCAUCUGAUAUCAAGGAUGUGACGGAAAGCAGUCAUUUCUUUGCCUACCUUGUCUGUGCAGCUGUGCUGGUGGCAGUGCUUUACAUCACCUACCACAACAAACGCAAGAUCAUUGCAUUUCUUUUGGAAGGAAAGAAAUCCAGAGCUUCUCGUCGACCAAAAUCCGGAGACUACCAGAAGCUGGACCAGAAUCUGUAAUCUCAAGUCAUGAUCUUCAAGCCAUUGCCUUGUGCUGCAGAAUACACUAGGGGUAAGAAGAGGGUGAAUGAAUACUGGCGUUACAUAUUUUCCUGAUGCACUCGGCGUCGACUCCACCUUUUGGAUAAAUUGACAUUAAUUUACUCUAUAACAAUAGAUGCUUAUCAUGUGACUAUGCAGAUGACACUGUUGCCUUAUUGAGGGAAUUAGUGAGAUGCAGUGAAGGUAAAAUAAGCAUGCUGUUUUUGCACUUGUGUCAUUAUUCCACUUUAAAGGCGAUCUUGUAAUUUGACCUGACUCAGGAUAUUUAGGUAGUGGAGAAAAAUAUGAUCUGUUUGGAUUCCAGAUUUGUAUGUUCAGUACAUUAUUGCACUGUGCAGUAAAUAAGCCAUUUGUAAAAUACUGUAUGUGUACAUUUUAUUUGAGAUUAAAUGUCUCUUUGAAAAAAAUAUAACAAGGGUUUAAGUUGAAUGUAACCUUUAUUUUCAAGUGAGACGCUAGCACAGUGCUCUCCCACUUUAACUGCCUGAAGUCACACACUUACUCGUGCUUAAAGCAGUCGUUCUGGGAAAUACUGUGAUUUGCUUUCUAGCUGAUUUAUGUAGGAAGAUCAAUACCACUCUAAAUUAUUUCCAGUAUAUAUGGCUUAAGGUAAGAUUAGCCUGGCAUACGUACUGGAAACAGAAAACCAGCCAGCAUGACUGUCAAAAGAAAUACAACUCUACUUUCCAGUAGCUUUUAAGGCUCACUAUCACUCUUCUCAUCUAAGUUUUUGCUAGAAAAUGAAAUAUCAUAUCUUCCAAAAUGUUGAAACCGCUCCUAAGAGGAAAUGUUAAUGUGUUAACUGUUGUCAGGGUUUGGUAUGUUGACUCCUCUAAAUGUACCCGCAAUGACAUUCUUGCAAUGCAAAAACACGCAUUGCAAGAAUGUUGUUCACCUGGAAGCUGUCUGUCUGUUUCUGUAGCUUCCUCUCUUUGAUGAAUGUCUGCAUGAAACUGUAGCCUGACAUGUUGUAACAGAUUUGUAAGAGGAGUUUUGGAAAGGCUGGAUAUUGCUUUGAGUGUGUUAUUGGAAUAAACGUGUCCGGGGAUAGUAGACUAUUUCAUUAGAUAAAGAGAGUGUGUGUGUGUGUGUGUGUGUGUGUGUGUGUGUGUGUGUGUGUGUGUGUGUGUGUGUGUGUGUGUGUGUGUGUGUGUGUGUGUGUGUGUGUGUGUGUGUGUGUGUGUGUGUGUGUGUGUGUGUGUGUGUGUGUGUGUGUGUGUGUGUGUGUGUGUGUGUGGCCAAAUUGUGAACAAUCUUUCUGUUAUUCAAUGUGGGGGUUUUUGUUUUGUGCCUGUUUCCUAAAUUAUCACGUAUAUUUGUACUGGUUGAGGGUCAUCAUUUAUGAAAAAUGCUAUCUGGAUAAAAAUAAAUGUAAUCUAAUUGUUUCGUGGAAGAAUCAAAGUCCAUAUGGUGUCGGAAAAUAUAUUUUUUUAUUGCCACAUCUGCAAAGAAAAACGCAGCAUCUUGUAAUUGGCUCUUUUCAUGGGUAAAAAUGCGUUAGAAAAAACCUAAUUGAAUCAUCCUCUCAUACAGUCUGACAGUAAGCAUGAAACGGCAUGUUUUAAAGACAUUUAAUGAACAUAUUAGCUUCAUGAAUACAUAUUUAUUUCAGUUUGUAAGGCCUUGCUGUCCAUAGGGAAACAUACUGUUGUCAUUCAAGUGUCUAUUGCAACAUGUUGCGUCCGAUGAACCAAUUGAGCUGUGUAUUGAUUCCAAAAUAAACGUUUUUGUACUUUCUAGCCUCAAA